AGCAGCCAUGGACCAUUGAGUGUUCCCGCCACAUCCGAGCUCUUUCACUGCAUCUACUGAGAGAAAGUGGGAGCUCGCGGGCUUCGCUAAUGGGAAGAUCGAAGGCGAAGCAGCUCUCCUUCAUCACGGUCCCUUCGCAAAUCAUUCAUCCCUUUUCCUCCUCUCCUUUCCAAGGGCUUCUCCUUUCGCCGAAGAAGUCAUCGCGGCCGCAGCAGCUGUGCUGCCUUCUCUCCGCCGCUAAGAACACUUGGAGCAUCAUUCUCGCCCUUUUCUUUGCUUUCUCCCUGUUUGGAUUCAUUGCUAUAGUUCUCCGCCUGCACUUCUCCCCACUCUCCUGUGCCACCUCCGGGCAAGAUGGGAGCUCGAAACCCUCUCACCCGGCUGAGACGGCGACGAUAACAAUGGAGCGUCAGGAACAGUGGUUUUGGAAGCAACCUGCUGGGAUGGGUUACCGGCCAUGUUUGGAUUUCAGCGGGGAGUAUCGCCGUGCAAGCCAGGUUAUUCGCCGUGACCAUCGCCGGAAGUACCUAAUGGUAGUUGUUUCCGGCGGUCUCAACCAGCAGAGGAACCAGAUUGUCGAUGCUGUAGUCAUCGCUCGCAUCCUUGGUGCUGCUCUGGUGGUCCCUAUUCUCCAGGUUAACGUUGUCUGGGGAGACGAAAGUGAGUUCACAGAUAUCUUUGAUCUCGAUCAUUUAAAGAAAACUCUGGCCGACGAUGUUAGGGUUGUCUCCUCUUUGCCUUCGACCCAUUUGAUGACGAGGCCUGUAGAGGAGAAGAAGACUCCCCUCCAUGUUUCUCCACAGUGGAUUCGAUCGAGGUAUCUACGGCGGCUUAAUAGAGAGGGGGUUUUACUACUAAGAGGAUUGGAUUCCAGGCUUUCAAAGGAUCUUCCACCUGAUCUACAGAAGUUACGCUGUAAGGUUGCUUUUCAAGCUUUGAGAUUUGCUGCCCCAAUUGUCGAAUUAGGAAACAAGUUAGCAGAGAGGAUGAGAAGCAAAGGCCACCCGUAUCUUGCUCUCCAUCUUCGAAUGGAGAAGGAUGUUUGGGUGCGAACCGGCUGUCUUCCUGAGCUGAGCAAUGAGUAUGAUGCGAUGAUUCAUAGUGAGAGGAAACUAAGGCCGGAGCUUCUCACUGCAAGAUCAAACAUGUCCAAUGAGGAGCGAAAGCUGGUUGGCCUCUGUCCCUUCAAUGCUUUGGAAGUGACCAGGCUACUCAAAGCACUUGAUGUCCCAAGAAACACAAUGAUAUACUGGGCUGGAGGGGAACCGCUUGGUGGGAUGGCUGCCUUGGAGCCUCUGAAGAAAGAAUUUCCUCUCCUGUACAACAAAGAGAAUCUCUCCACGCCUGGAGAACUGGAGCCAUUUGACAGAAAAGCCUCACUUCUUGCAGCCAUUGAUUACAUAGUCUGCGAGAAAAGCGAUGUCUUCAUGCCUUCUCAUGGAGGAAAUAUGGGCCGUAUGAUUCAGUUGGUGUUGAUGAAGGGGCAUAGGGCUUUUGAUGGGCAUAAGAAGUUCAUAACCCCAAACAAGCGGCAUAUGCUUCCAUACUUUCUGAAUACCUCACUUCCUGAAACUGAGUUUAAUAAGGUUGUGAAGGAACUACACCAGGGAUCUCUAGGGCAGCCAGAAUUCAGGACAGACAAGAUUGACAGGGAUGUGACGGCUUAUCCAGUUCCCGAGUGUAUGUGCAAUUCUUCUUCAACAAUGUCGGCACUAUAAGGCCAGAAAAUUUUACAUCCGGACUCCGGAUGUUCCGCUGCAUUCUAGCUGUUGUCCGGACAUCCAGAGUCCGGAUGUAAAGUAUUUUCGUGUAAGGCAUUGAAAGAUUGAGGAUGAUUGUUCUGCAUGAGAAAUUUUUGCAUUUUUAAUUCGGAUUCAGUCCCACCUUGAAACAUGGCAUUCUAUUUCAAGGAGCUCUCUCUGAACGGAUCCUGAAAUUUGAAUUGGUACAACAUCGAAGGAUUGGCCUGCUGGUGAAAGUACAGAGAAGAUAUGGUAAAAGAUUUGAUCAAUGGAGUGCUACCUAGAGGCUAGAAACACAUGCCUUUGUUCAAGUAAUUUACACAUCCUAUGCUUCAGUUAUUUAUUUUUUAAGUAUAUUAAUGUUAAGGAGUAUUUAUUUGUACUUCAUCCUAUACUGUGUAUUCAUCACUAUUUAUAGCCCCAGGAUUGCUUGUGCAUAUAUGUUAUUCAAGCUAUUGUUCAUCAACAUUUGGAAAGGAGAAGAUAA